AACCCCUUCCCUCUAUGUAUGUACUGACGUCACUGUUUACCCUGAUCCAGAAGCACUAGGUUCUCAAACAAACUAUUACAAACAUAAACAUAGGAAAAACAAUAAUUCACGAACUGCAAAUCCUUCUCUAAACCAACAUCACCAACAUGCCUCAUUCCAACUACUCAGCAAUUCCCUCAGUUUUCUUCUUCCUCUUCAGUUCCUUCUUCUUUUCAACCAAAGCAACGCCAAUAUACAGUUCCCAUGUCUGCACACACUCUACCACAAACCAACCAAACACCACAUUCCAAACCAACCUCAACCUCCUCCUCUCUUCCCUUUCUUCCAAGGCCACCGAAGCCACCCAAUUCUACAAAACAACAAUUGCCACCGAAACCCCCAACUCCGUCAAGGGCCUCUUCCUCUGCCGCGGCGACACCCUCGCCGCCGCCUGCCACGACUGCGUCACCGCUGCAGCAGCGGACCUAAAGCGCCGGUGCCCGGUUGAUAAGGAGGCCAUAAUCUGGUACGACGUGUGCAUGGUACGCUACUCCAACCAAUACCUCAACAACAUCGUACCCGGAGUGGACAUGUCUGAUUCCAAAAACGUGACUGGCAUUAACCUUGACCGAUUCAACGAGCUGCUUGCGGGAUUGCUGAAUUCCCUGGCAACGAAAGCUAAGAAUUCGGAAAAUAAGAAAUUUGCGACAGGGGAAGUGAACCUCACGCGUUCGGUGACCCUUUAUGGGUUAGUGCAGUGCACGCCAGAUUUGUCAUUGUUCGAUUGCAGGAUGUGUUUUAGCAGCGCCAUUGCGUCUGUUCCGAAUUGCUGUGAUGGGAAACGAGGGGCAAGAGUGUUGCUUCCUGGAUGCAAUAUCAGAUAUGAAGUGUAUCCAUUUUACAGCAGCAAUAACAACACAUUGACCCCACCGAUUGUGAAACCUCGUCCUUCAGGACGGAGUGGUGUUGAAGUGAUUCUUACAUUUGUUAUCCCUGUUGUUGCUGCGAUGGUGCUUUUCGCUUUUGGGAUAUGUACUGUCAUGAGAAAGCAAGCAAAGAGUGUGAUACAAUUGUGGAAGCAAACGAAUUAUUCUGAGGUGUAGAUGAGACUGAUGCUGCAAAGAAUAGCAAAGGUUGGAGACAAGAGAUAGUAAUGGGAAUGCAAUAUUGUUAAUGCUGAAUAUUUGAAUUUUAUGUGCUUAAUUAGGAAGGACGUAAUGCAAAACAACCUUGAUUAUUGAUAUCGGAUAGAUAGUGCAGUGGUUAGGAAGUUGUAUUAGUAAUCAUCAAUUUUUAUUUUUAUUUAUCUUGGUGAGUUUUUAUUA